GAGAUUACUCUGUUCUUGUGCUUAGCUUCACUGCUUCCAAUCUCUUUGGCUUCAGCAAUGGCUUCUCUUUCAGCUACCAGCCUCUGCAGCUUCCAAUGCUUGCAAAGCCAGCCCAUCAAGACCAGCCAGGUAACAAGGACAGGUUUGGUGUCUACUGGCUGGGGGAAGAGUGGCUUCACUUCUUUGAGAACUUCCCGUUUUCGUAUCUGUUCCACUGCCAAACCGGAGACGGUGCAAAAGGUGGUUGAGAUUGUGAGGAAGCAGCUGGCUUUGCCCGCGGAGUCCGAGGUCACACCGGACUCCAAGUUCUCAACACUUGGUGCUGAUUCUCUUGACACUGUGGAGAUAGUGAUGGGUUUGGAGGAAGAGUUUGACAUCAACGUGGAAGAGGAUAACUCACAGAACAUAACCACGGUUCAAGAAGCGGCUGAUUUGAUAGAGCAGCUCAUUGAGAAGAAAACACAAGCUUGAUAGCCUAGCUAGAAGGAAUUGAUGAGUUUGGUCAAGUUUGUUGAGUUGUUAUAUGAGUGAGGGAGAGGAAAUGUGCCAAGCUAUUGUGUAACGUUCUUGAUUGAUUUUGUUGAAUUUGAUUGGUUUACAAUAUAUUUCUGGAGUUGAAUGCCUUGAUUUGAGU